GAGCGGAUGUUGUUGUCAGCUGACAGGACUUCUUCCUCGUGUGUUUUAAUUAUUUCCUGCAGGACUCCACCGACAUCUCUCUUCUUAUUCAUUUCAAAGAGACAGAAACAUUACAUGUGGAGGGAAGAUAAAGAUCAUCGACAUGUCCGCAAAGCCAACGUGUCUGAUCGUGGCCAGUUCCUCUCCUCAGGGAGUGUCCGCCAAGUCCUUCCAUCAGUGCUUCACUCUCUGCAGCUCAGUGUUUAACCUCCAGACUGCCACACCGGGGGGGAAGCCAAUAGACUUUGUUGGAGUGGAUGAAAGCACUGCCAGAUGGGUGCAGGAUUUCAACAUGAAACCUUACGCAACACCAGCUAAACUUGAAUCUAUAGAUGGUGCCCGAUACCAGGCGCUGCUCAUCCCAGACUGCCCCGGAGCGCUGAACGACCUGGCACACAGCGGCUCCCUUCACCGCAUCCUCACCCACUUCAUCUCUCAACAGAAGCCUGUUUGUGCGGUGGGACAGGGCGUGUCGGCUCUGUGUUGUGCCACAGACGGACAGAGGUGGAUCUUCGACGGUUACAGUUUAACAGGGCCAUCAGUGUUUGAACUGGUGCGGAGGCCUGACUUUGCCAACCUGCCCCUGAUCGUUGAGGACUUUGUGAAAGACAGUGGAGGAUCAUACACAGCAAGUCAAGAAGACGCUGUGCAUGUGGUCAUAGACAGACACCUGAUAACGGGUCAGAACUUGCAGUCCACCUCACUCGCUGUACACAAUCUGAUCCUGCUCUGCAGCGCCAAGUAAAGACAGAAACAUGUGGAUCAGGAGCCCAACAGCUUAUUGUUUCACAUUUAUAUUCAAGUCAUUGAACAAACAUUCAUCUCGGACCAAUACUGGAAGAUGCUGAGUCAGUACAGACGCCUGGUCACACUGUAAAUACAACUUCAUCACUUGUCAAUGCUGUCAUUAUAAAUCUAGUAAAAUUUUCACACUUUAAAAUUUAAAACAACAGAGAAAACUUUUUUUGAGGAGCAGAUGCUUAUUGAUUCAUUAAAAUUUUGUACAGACUGAUGGUCAUGCUCCUUCUGCUGGAUGGAGAUGUGUUAUUGCACUGAACUGUACAAGUUGAUUUCAUUUACGCACCAUCACAGAUGAACAGGAAUAAAACAUACUGAAGUACC